AACUUUAGUUCAGUCGAUCCCAUAUAACUCGAUCGGAUCAUUCUAUCGUACUGAACUAGAUCAAUCAUCUUAGCUUUCGACCACAGAAAUGAAGAACGCAUGCAACCUCAUAGAUUCAAAGCUCGAAGAACAUCAUUAUCUUUGCGGAUCAAAGCAUUGUCCUGGAUGUGGCCGCAUGAUCCAAGCUGCUACUAAACCAAAUUGGUUUGGUUUGCCGGCGGGAGUGAAAUUUGAUCCGACGGAUCAAGAGCUUGUUGAGCAUUUAGAAGCAAAAGUGAAAGGAAAAGAAGAAAGUAAGAAAUGGUUUCCGUCUCAUCCACUCAUAGAUGAGUUCAUCCCAACCAUUGAUGGAGAAGAUGGGAUCUGUUAUACUCAUCCACAGAAGCUUCCAGGCGUAACAAAAGAUGGCUUAAGCAAACACUUCUUCCACAAACCAUCAAGAGCUUACACAACCGGAACAAGAAAACGACGCAAAAUCCUCCAAACGGAUGACUCCGAGUUAACCGGAUCGCCAUCCGAGACGAGAUGGCACAAAACCGGCAAAACAAGACCGGUUAUGAUAAACGGUCGACAAAGAGGGUGCAAGAAGAUAUUAGUACUUUACACAAACUUCGGCAAGAAUCGACGACCAGAAAAAACAAACUGGGUGAUGCAUCAAUAUCAUCUAGGGGUUAACGAAGAAGAAAGAGAAGGAGAGCUUGUAGUAUCCAAGAUAUUUUAUCAGACACAACCUAGACAAUGUGUUGGUAAUAUUAAUUGGUCGGAACAUAAUGUUAGUUCCAAAGACUUGAUCGGUAUUGGUGCCGGAGAUGAAAUAUGCGGCGUUGCUGCCGCCUUACAGAGUCUUGGCUCCGGUGAAGUCGUUUCUAGGGUUCAUACGAAUCCCUUUAUAAGAGCCUUCGGUGAGGGGACAGCCGAAGCUUCAAAGGGAAGAGAAAACCGGCGAGUGUCUGGUACGUGCGAGGAUGUACAUGAUGGGAUCAUACGACCAUCAUCAUCAAAAUCAUCCCAUCAUAUGAUCCAUGAUCAUAAUCAACAUCAUCAAAUCGGAAACAUAAGAGAACUUCACAUACCAUCUUCGUCAUCAUAUCAACAUGAGUCAAUCUUCAACAUUACAAGUACUGUGCCAUUUCAGGUAACGUUCCCGUAACUUUGAAAUUUCCGGAUAAUGGAACCCAAAAUUAAAUUCCAAAUAUGUUUCGUAUAUAUAACUAGACUUGUCAAAAUGGGUCAGAAAUAGUGGAUCAUCCAAAACCAAUCCAAUCCAUGGAUAUUAGUGGAUCAGAAAUUUGGAUGCUAAUGGAUAAAUGGACUUAAUGGGUUUAUGGGUCUAAUAAGUUGGAUUGAAAUGGUUUGGGCUAAAAUGAGUAAAUAGAUAA